AAUAAAAGAAGCCAUAAAACAUUAUUUCGUAACUACGGAAACGAAGUACAUAAUUUUAAAUUGUCAAACUUGACGAGUGAAAAGUUUAUUUGUGGCGUCUUUCCAAAGUGUUGAUUUUUUAACGUUUUAAAAAGCCAAAGUAGCGUGUAAAAUGAUAAGUGAUGAUAACUGUUCCAUUUCUGGAACCCCCCAGAACUCACUGAGACAGUGAAUGCUGCAUCAUUGGAAUUGUUACCAGUAAAAUCUAGAAAUAAGUAUAACUAUGCAUACAACCGCUUCAUGGACUACCGUACGAAUAAAAAUGUAACUUCUUUCUCGGAAAAUGUUGUAAUGGCAUACUUCUUGGAGCUUGGUUCCAAGAUGAAAUAUUCAACUUUAUGGGCCAAUUAUUCAAUGCUGAAGGCAACCCUUGAUAUUAGACAUGAUGUGGAUAUAUCUAAAUAUUCAAAACUUCGGGCAUUCCUGAAACGGCAAGCACAUGCCUCCGGAGCUUGCAGAAUGGACGAGCUGGUUAAAAUGACUGUACAAGAUAUACAAGACCUACUAUCUAAACUUUUAGUUACCAUACCGGAUUCAAAAACCAAUAUAUCAAGAUCAUUUAUAGUAAACGGAAUGUACUUAAAUCUAUACCGCAAGUAUGUCUUUUUAAGACCAAGAGACAUGAAUACCACUCGUUUUUUUUUAAGUUCCAAAAUGAAAAAGUAGUAGGAAUUCACCAUUUUAGAAACAUACCUAAAAUAGUGGCCAGUUGUUUGAAUUUGCCAAAUUCGAAAGAAUAUACCGACCAUGGUUUUCGUCGGUCUUCUGCCACAAUGCUUGUUGAUUCUGGUGGAGAUAUUUCUAGUUUAAAGAGACUGGGUGGAUGGAAAUCAACAAACGUCGCUGAAGGAUAUAUAGAAUAGUCUCUUACUAAUAAGGAAGAAGUUGCAAAUAAAAUUUUCACAGCAGAAAAAAAUCAAGAAAGUAAAUCUAAUAUUACUAA